UCUCCACGAUGAAAGUUUUCGUAGUCCUCCUUCUGGCCUUGGCCUCCGCCUCCGCCGGCAUCCUGCCCAAGCUGACCCCUGUCCACCCCAAGGACAUGAAGCGCAGUGACUCCAUUCAGGGUCGUAUUACCAAUGGCCAGGCAGCCGCAGAGGGCCAGUUCCCCUACCAGGUGGGAAUCAGCUUCAGCAGCAACAGCGGCAGUUGGUGGUGCGGCGGUUCCCUGAUUAAAACUGAAUGGGUUCUGACCGCUGCCCACUGCACCAAUGGAGCUUCUGGCGCGACCAUCUCUCUGGGCGCUACUGUUCGCACCAAGCCAGCACAAACCUUAGUCGUUUCCAGCACAAACUUCCGUCAACACGAGAGCUACAGUUCUAUACUCCUGCGCAACGAUAUCUCACUGAUCAAGAUCCCCGCCGUAGCUGUCUCCGAUAUUAUUAACACUAUUGCUCUGCCCGAGGUAUCCAACAGCUACUCCACCUACGAAGGAGAGAAGGGCAUUGCCUCUGGAUACGGUCUGGAGUCGGACAGUUCCAACUCUGUAGCCGCCCAAUUGAAUUGGGCACCACUUAACAUUGUUUCCAAUUCCAUAUGCGUGGAUGCAUAUGGAUCGCUUGUUGUCGUUAGUAGUGUUCUGUGCACGCAAACCGCGAAUGCCGUUUCCACCUGCAGCGGAGACUCUGGCGGACCUUUGGCCGUCAACGGCGUCCAAGUCGGAGUAGUCUCGUUCGGAUCUAGCGCCGGAUGUGAGAAAGGAUACCCGAAUGGCUUUACCCGUAUUACGUCCUUUAUUCCCUGGAUCCAAAGCAAAAUUAAUGCCUAACGUCAAGCUCUCUUCUUGAAUAAAAACGAACAUUGAAA